AUGCGUAACUCGUCACUUUUCGCCGUUCUCUUCGGUCUCGCAGGUCAGUUCCCCAACGCUUUUCUGUUAACUUUUGGCGCCAGAGAAUUUCGGCGCAUCAGUGGUUCAGUGGUAGAAUGCUCGCCUGCCACGCGGGCGGCCCGGGUUCGAUUCCCGGCUGAUGCAACUCUUUUGAGCCCGGCGCUUCUCGACUAUAUCUCGAUUCGAACAAAAAAGACCAGCGAGCACAAAAAAAUAAGUGUGUAUAAAUCAUGGCGCUAGAUAGCAUCCGAUUCCCUAGAGCCUGCCGUUUUUCGCAAGACACAAAAAGCGGAAUAUACAUCGUUUGGUGUGACAAUUGAACGAUUUUGACGGAUGGUUUGACCGCGUCAUCAGGAUCCUUCCGGCGAUAGGAAAAUUGAUGGACUCCUGGAAGAAGCCCAUCUUCUUCAUGGGGUGCACAAGUUGAUUGGUUUCGCUAUUGCCCCCUUUUAAAAAGGGGGUCGGCCUCUCAAAGCUCAUUUCAAAAAUGGAGGCAAAAAAGAAGAGUGGGUACUACGGUGAUGGUGACGUAGAGCGUAAAAAAAGUGGAGAAAAAUAAACUGAUGGCAGCAAUUCAAUUUGAAGAACUUCAUCUUCUUCUUCUUCUUCACUUCAACUUCAUCAUUUUGUGUUCUAUUUCGGUCCAUUCUCCGCCCACCUACUAGUUGUUGACAAAAACUGAAAGGAUUCUCGUAAAGUGUUCAAUUUCGGAGUGACCAAUGCAAUAGAAUCCCUACGAAAUGGAAACAUUUCCGAAAUGGACAGCGGAUUAGAGUCUGUGUGUUUUUGUCUAUGCGCUAGUAGUCUGAUGACGUGGAUGGGCGAAUUACGGUAAAGUCGGAGACGCGUGAUCGCACUUUUUGCGAACACACUGAAUCCCUAAACACAUGUUUUGUCUCCUCGAGCACUCGUCAAUCUAAUAGAGCGUGCUCCGAUUUCCUCCCGCGCACUUUCCGACACCCGCCGUCCGUUUUUAUAUUCAGAGCGGGUCAUCUCUGAUCAUCACUCGGAUUCGUUUCUCCGCCGUAAUCUGGUUAUUCGCCGGAAAAAGCGCUGGGGGCAAAACAGGCGGAAGAGAAGGUGUCGGCGCCGGAAAAGAGCGAGCAAAUUUAGGAUCCGUAUUGAGAGUGACACAUUUUUUCGCACAUCGCGUCACUCCACUUCCCUCUGGUUUUCCGCGCUGAAAAGUUGUUUUUUAUUCGAACCACGGAGCGCCGGAAGGGUCCGGGGAAGAGCCGUGAUUGAAGGGGUUCAUCAGUUAUGGGCGAGUCGGCGCGGCGAGCGAUGAAUUCGUUGAUCGGCUCGCUGGAAUUUUGGAGCAUUUUGAGCAGCGAACUUGACGUAAAUGAGCUGGAAUUUGAGUGCUCAAAAGAAAAGAUCAAACAUUUUUUUGAAACUACAGAAAAACGCCAAAAUUAGCGCGCGCUUCAAGAGAACUAAUGCAAAUGUGCUCUAAUGAACUGAGAAAUUGGAUGGCGCCAUGUUAAAAAAGUUUAAAUAUUCAGCUUUGGUUGAAAAUUGCUUGAAUUUGCAUUUUCAAAACUGAAUUCCAGCAGAAAUGACAAAUUCGUCACUUUCCCAUGAUAUCAUAUGAGUCUUCAAACAAAUCACCUGCUUCCGGUGAGAAAAUGAACUUUGAGAGCUCUGAGCUCUGACCGCGAGCCCUGAAAACUAUUAACUUGAUGAGGAAGAAGAAAAAGAAGAAAAGUGACCUUUCUGUUUAUUCAUUUUAAACUCGAAACUGAUGAAAAGAUGUUUUCAACCAAAUUUAAAUGAGCAAAUUUUCAGCGAUUGUGAUGGUGCUCAACGCGCAGUACUUCGAAGAGGAGAAGCGCGGAGGCGGCCGUGUAUUCCAGAAGCGCGGCGGAGCCCGAGCCUUCGCUCCGGACUUUGACGCCGAGAAACGUGGCGGCGGUCGGGCGUUCAACGACGACGAUGACGACGAGAAGCGCGGCGGCGCCCGUGCCUUUCUGACCGAAAUGAAACGUGGCGGAGCACGAGCAUUCCAGCCGGAGGAAGUUGAGAAGAGAGGCGGCGCCCGUGCGUUUCUGAUGGACAAGAGAGCCGGCGGACGGGCGUUCGGCAUGAAGAGAGGCGGCGCGCGGGCGUUCCUGGAGAACAAGAGGGACGAGGACUGGGUCAUCCAGCCGUACGCCGGCGAGGAGCUCGGUGUGUUCUAGAAACAGAGCACUUGCACACUCCUCCACUUCUUCUUCUUCUUCUACUUCUCCUCUUCUUUCCACUUCUACCCUCGGUGUGUUUUCCCUCUGUUUGUCGUACGUCGCCUAAAGUUUGUACCGUAAUGUCCAUGUUGAUGUUACUUUUCCCUCCGUGCUUCUCAUCCCUUCCCUGCCUCAAAAAACCGGUUCAAUUUCAGAAAAGCGCGGCGGCGGUCGUUCGUUCCCAGUGAAGACUGGUCCAGUCGACGACUGA